AUGUCCGGCCGCGGUAAAGGAGGUAAGGGUCUUGGCAAAGGCGGAGCGAAGCGUCAUCGUAAGGUUCUGCGUGAUAACAUCCAGGGUAUCACCAAGCCGGCCAUUCGAAGACUGGCACGUCGUGGUGGAGUGAAGCGCAUAUCUGGCCUCAUCUACGAAGAGACUCGAGGCAUCCUGAAGGUCUUUCUCGAGAACGUUAUCAAGGAUACGGUUACAUACACUGAGCAUGCUAGCAGGAAGACGGUUACGGCCCUUGAUGUGGUGUAUGCGUUGAAGAGGCAAGGCAAGACUCUCUAUGGCUUCGGUGGUUAG